CCACCAUCCACAUGCCAGCAGAGGCCAUGCAAAAUCUGCAUGCAUUGGUUCGCCUUACCAUAGAGUGAUCAUUUUCAUUGACAAAGACAAUUAAGCUAGGUCGCGCGGCAUCAAAGAACAACUAAUGACGCGUGGUGUGGAAUGUUGGGGCCCGCCGAGGGCAGAAGAGGACGCUCAUGCCCUGACUCUCUUUGUUCAUUACCCUCGAUCCUCUCUCUGUCCGACUUACGAGGUGAUGUCCCUCAUUGAGAUCCCCGACUACCCUUCAAGACAAGUGUGAACCAACUUGACCUUGUCGCCACUCGACUGCAAUAAUGGCUUCGAGUUUGACACCAGCGACACAGGCCCCGGAUGGCCAUGUUAGCAACUUAAUCAACCCUGAUGGCGUUGGAUACCGUAUCACCAUCACUAAUAUUGUCUGCAUAGUCUUCUUCAUGAUUGUGGUAAUGGUUCGUCUGUUCACUCGGGUGUUUCUCAACAGAUCAUUUGGCCAUGACGACUCUCUUAUACUAUUCGCUACUGCGUCCUUUCUGGCAAUCAUGGGUGUCUUCCAAUGGAUGGUAUCACUAGGUCUCGGCAAACAUCUCUGGGACGUACCACUGGAGAACUAUUCUCCCUACUUCCUCCAGGGUUGGCUCACAGUAGCCGUGCUGUACUCAGCAUGUAUGCUCACUAUGAAGUUGUCCGUACUCAUGCUUUAUCGCCGCCUCUUUCCCAUCCACAACUUUAGGCUUCAAUGGUGGUCUGCAUUCUGUUUCGUCAAUGCUUACAGUGUGAUGUUCAUCUUCGCAUCACUGUUUUCCUGCUCGCCUGUCUCGGCUGCAUGGGAUGUCUCAAUUUCCGAGCACAAGUGUAUCAACCGAACAGCACUGUACAUUGCCUACACCGUGAUGAACAGUAUCAGCACCUGGUGGAUCCUACUCAUGCCCAUGCCAAUUGUCUGGAGUCUCGCCAUGAAAAACGACCAAAAAUACCUUCUUACCUCUCUCUUUGCUCUCGGAUCAUUACCUUGCGUCACAAGUAUCGCCCGACUAAAAGUCCUCGUCGACUGGCUCCACAACGGCGCAAACGACAAAGACAUAACAUAUACCCUCUGGAACAUAGUCAUCUGGACCCAACUAGAACUCACAGUCUGCAUGAUCUGCGCCUGCGGUCCCACACUCCGCACCUUUGUCGACCGCCAAAUAAAAAUCGUCAAAACCCUCACCUCGGAACACAGCUGGUCCCGCAGCUGGUCAAAAUCCUUUUCCUCAUCAUCCUCUGGCCCAAACACCUCUAUCUCCAAACACACACAACACUCCUCCUACGCCACCGAUUCCUCCCUUGGUAAACCCUCGCGUAUGGCGUCAGAUACCUCCAACCUGCCAAACUUUAUCGAAAUGUUGCAGGGGAGGGGGGGUACGAAGAAUAAAACACUUGUUACGAGUAAUGAUGCUGAGACGGGGAGUAUGGAGCAUAUUGUUGAUGAGGAGGAGUGGGGGAAGAGUGGAGAGGUGAGAGAGGGCAUUAUGGUGCAUACUUCGUAUCAAGUUAGGACUGUUAGGGAGGAUGUUUAAAAUUUCUUGACUUCUCUUAUUGGUUUUUUUGGCUCCUUUUAUUUUUUGUUUUUGCUCAUGAUACCUCCCUCCGGGGACACCUCUUUUUCGGAAUUCUUUUCUUUGUUAUUUCUUGGGCUGCUGGUUUUUUUUUCUCGUAUAUCUAGAGAUAGGAUUGAGACUCUCGCCAUUUUUGUUGAACAGUCUCUCGGUACAACUCUGCUUCUUACCCACUUGCGGUCUUCGCCAGCACUUCCAUGGUUCAUACCUCUCAGAGCAGCGGAUGUCAUCGAUGUCGUGGUCACUGACAAGGCCUGUCAGGUGAAAGUCUCGUUGUGCCGGUUAGGCACUGAUAAUUUACAUGAAGGACAUAUAGUGCAC